UUGACGCCAGAGAAAAAGAAAAUUCUUGUUGAGUGGAUUUUGCCUGAGGCUGCCAAGCUGCACUCUGAUCGCCUGCUUGUGAAGCCUCUGCAAAGUCCUAUUGUCGUGCCUACCUUUAGGCCAGAGAAUCUGUGCUCCAAGUUUACAGUACCACAAGAGCAUAAAGGCAAGGGUGUUCCAGAGGCUGAUAUAGUGCUGUAUGCUGCUGCUGCCCCAACACGGUUGGGAACAUUCGCAUGGGCGGCAACAUGUGCGACAUUAGGUCGUAAUGGUCGUCCAGUUGUUGGGAUCAUUAAUUACGGUCCACGGUAUAUUGUGGCCAUACCACAGCGUGUCCGCGUUGCUGCUCAUGAGAUUGCUCAUGCACUUGGAUUUAGUGCUGACGUAAUGGAUGAAAAGCGAAUGGUUGAAUCGGAUGAGAUAUAUCCCGGAGGACCGCAACAACUUUAUGUGGUGUCCCCAAAUACACGUAGAGCUGCGAGAAAACACUUUGGUUGUGGCUCUCUUGAAAGUGUGGAACUUGAUUUUAAUGAUUUUUCCGGAUCCGUCAGAUCAAUAAUGUCUGGUUUACACACCAAUCGGACGCUAUUACGCACAGAAAUGAUGUUGUCAAGGAAACCCGUGAAUCAAAAGCUUAAUGGGAUUGAUGUAGUUCCUGCUGAGGAAUCUAGCUCUUCUUUUCAGGGGCCUCAGGUUGUGGAAAAGUAUAAAUUGCCUCUGGAGAGCAUGGGAUAUUCUUCUCACUGGAGUCGUCGUAUUGCAAAGGAUGAGUUAAUGGUUGGUCUCAUCGGUGCUGGGUACUACACCGCAAUUACAAUGGGAGCUUUCGCUGAUCUGGGCUACUACAAAGUUGAAUGGGCGAUGGCAGAGCAGAUGAGUUGGGGCAAUAACUCUGGUUGUGGAUUGCUGGAGAAGAAAUGUGUGGAGGGAGGCAGGACUAAAUUCCCCGAUAUGUUCUGCACCUCCAAAUCUACUGAGGGACCUGCAGGACUACAGUGCACAUCUGACCGCCAGUCGCUGGGGAGGUGCAGCAUUCAAACCCAUAGGAAUCCCCUUCCAGAUCACUUCCAAUACUUUUCAGACGGUAAAUUGGGGGGCAACAAAGCUGAUCUAAUGGACUAUUGCCCUAUUAUCGUGGGAAAGCGUGAAACGAGCUGCACCGAUGGGGAGAAGAGCAAAAUGCCUGGAAGUGUAAUUGCUGCCAACUCGCGCUGUGUGCAGGGGGAGAAUCUAAAGGCCAAAAAUGCAGCAGUUGGUGCCGUGUGUGUGGAGGUUUCUUGCAAGAAAAAUGAGGUAAGUGUGCGGUACAGUGGAAACAAUGAGUGGUACAGUUGUCCUGAAGGAGGAAGACUAGCUGUGCAGGGGACUGUACUGCAGGGUAAAAUUGUGUGCCCCAAAUACGCUGACGUGUGCAACACAAUCAACAGAGUUAUUGAUAAAGAGCGAGGCCGACCAAUGAAACUCGGUGCGUACGUGGAUCAUGGUAACGAUGGACGCAGUGAUGGUAGUGUGACUGCUGCUAUUUUAGUG